AUGGAUAUAUCACUUCCACCAACAAGCGAUGGUCUCCCAGACAUCUCUACUUCCGCAUUCAACGAAUCUCCGAUUCAAGCUCCGGGUUCGGGUACAUUGAGUGGAUUCGAAGAGAGUCCUUUCAUCGACUACGAUUAUGAGUUCGAAGGUGAUGAGAGUUACAAUUUCAACUUCAGUAAUGACUCACAAGGACAAAUGAUUGGAAAUUUACCUGGAACCUCGUCGGAUGGUGAUGGUGAUGGUGAUAAUCAUGAGAAGCGAAGUCAUCCUGAUGAUGAUGGCGAUGAAGAUGAGGGUGGCGGUAAACGAAGAGAAGGUGACGAUAAAUCAUCAAAGAAGCCUGGCAGAAAACCCCUCACAUCAGAGCCUACUUCUAAACGCAAAGCUCAAAAUCGUGCCGCCCAACGUGCAUUUCGUGAACGAAAAGAGAGGCAUUUGAAGGAUCUGGAGACAAAGGUUGAGGAUUUGGAGAAAGCUUCCGAAUCUGCCAAUCAUGAGAAUAGUAUCCUCCGAUCGCAAAUCGAACGAAUGGCCAUGGAAUUGAGGGAAUACAAGAAGAGAUUAUCACUACCUGGUGGUAUCAACCGAAGCCCAAAUGGCAAUGUGCCAGCCUACUUCGCAGGAAAGGGACUUCCAACUGUAUCUGCCAAUCCAAAUGAUGUCAACUUCCAAUUCGAGUUUCCAAGAUUUGGUCGUCUUCCCGGUCCUCCUGUCACCAACGGAAGUUCAACCAUGGGACCAUCCAUCUCCCCAAAUACUACUACUCAGAAAGUUCAGAGUUCAACCGAUACAAGUCAAACUAGCUCACGCAACCAGUCCAAUGCUAGCAAUACCUUUGGUAUUGGCUUGACUCAAACUCCAGCUCAAAUUGGUGGUGUUGAUAUGUCCUCCUUCUCUGGUCUAUUUACCCCGGAGAUCCUGGAAAGUGCAUCGAAGAUGGCACCGUUCGAACAUUUCGGAACUGGUACCACUGGAUCCAUGACAAGUACUGACUCUCCCAAUAUGUCUACCGGUGGUCACAAUACCUCGUAUAGCUCACCAUCGGCGUCCUCACACUCCAACAAUGGAGCUAGCUCAUCUUGUGGCACAUCUCCAGAACCUACCAACAUGCAAUCGCCAUACAACAAAGCGGUUGACAGUACAUUGACAACAAUUGGAGAAGAGAACACUUGUAGCAACAACAAUCCAGCACCAGGUGAGCUGUCCUUUUGCGAAAAGCUCAAUAUGGCUUGCGGCAAUCCCAACAAUCCUAUCCCCGUUACAAUGUCUGAGCCUGGUAUCAAUUCAGGAAAUGAAGUAACCGCCACCUUCGAUGUCAACGGAAUUGAUUGGUUCGCUCAACAAAACAACAAUCAAUUUGAUCCUCAACUCUAUGGUGAUUAUCGCGAACCUCAGAAUAACGUCCUUCUAAACGAUCCUUUUGCUCUCGAUGAUGGUUUCUUUGCCGAUGCAUUCGAUAUGCCAGAUUUCAAUAGUCCAUUCAAUGUUCCAAGUCCAACAGCUACCAAGAAGGAUCUUGUAACACAGAUUGAUGAAAAGCAGAAUGAAGAUGAAGAGGUUGUUCCGGGAGAAGAUAGAUCAACAAUGCUUAGCUGCAACACUAUUUGGGAUCGUCUACAAAAUUGUCCCAAGGUCAAAGAAGGGGAAUUCGAUCUCGAUCUUCUUUGCAAGGAUCUUCAAAAGAAAGCUAAAUGUUCGGAGACAGGCGCCGUUGUUAAUGAAUCUGAUUUUCAGAGCAUUAUGAAGAAUUACACUCCGAAUGGCUGUGACCCAUUAACAGUAACAGCGAAGAAGGUAUGA